UAGGAUUAUUCGUAUAUCAAAUAUUUUUGGUCAUUGUUCACAGUUGUGAGAAAGAAAAUGGCAGAAAAUAGGGCGAAACAGGAUGAUGAGCUCGCCAUCAAUUUGUACAAUAAUACAAUGACAGGUGAAUGGUGGAAUGUUGUUGAGAUGUAUGAGAAACACCAAACCAAAGCCAUUUGCGCCAGGAUCAACACGUCAGGGGACACAGCAUUGCACGUAGCUGUGUCCAUUGCCCCAGAAGAUAUGGUACGUAAACUUGUAAGUGAAAUUACCAAGGUUUCGGAGUUCGGUCUAUGGACAAAAAACAAUGAAGGGAAUACCCCUCUGCAUGUGGCAGCAACAACGAGGAGAUUUUUAAUAUGCUUGCUCCUUGCUAAAGAACUUAAAAAUUCGGACGUUCAGGACUUGGUGCUUGAAGAUUUAUUUCGUAACAAUGCUGGUGAGAGCCCUCACUUCUUAGCCGCUUCUCAUGGUCAAAAACCAAACUUCCUUUGUCUCCAAUCCCUCGGUGGCUCCCCCGACUCGAACCACAGCCAAAGCAAUCCCUUCUACAGAAGAAAGGAUGGUGAGACUAUCCUUCACUGUGCCAUCAGGUGGGAGCAUUUCGAUUUGGCAUUUGAAAUACUUGAACGGGACCGUAGUCUUGCAUAUUCUGUGAACGAGCAUGGAAUCACCCCUCUGCAUCUCCUAGCAAGUAAGCCUUCGGUCUUCAGAAGUUGUUGCCACCUUAAAUUUUGGGACUGGAAGAGCGUCAUUUAUCAUUGUACAUGGGUUAAAGAGCUCAAGCACAAAACUGCUUUUGGAGGUUUGGUUAGUUCUGCUAUGGAAAGAAUUGACGAGUCUUCCAGGAUCGAAUCCCAAAAGAGCUGCCAAGAACGCAUAUAUCCCUUUUGGAAAAUGGCUCGUGCCGUGACUAUGAGAUGCAGGGACUUACUAAAAAAGAAGAUUAAAAGAGGCGGGGAUGUUGAUGUAGAGAGUGCCAAAUCAGAACAAGAAGGACCCCAUGCUCCUAGUGAAGCUCAGGAUUUUCAGAAAUGGUUUUCCAAGUACUCUGACAUUCUCUUUGAUUUAGGCAACGAAAUAUUAUUCAUUUCGGGCUAUAAGUUCAUUCAUGAUCUUCUGAAAGGUAUAAUGAUGAUAAAACGGAAGCACGUAUAUUCUGAUAAAAUAAUGGAAAAAAUAAUGGAAAUAUUAAUCGAACGUACAAAAGAUCAAAAAAUGUACUUCGACUUCUCAAGCGGGAGGGACCCUGGCCCUGGGCAAACAUCCGUGGUCGAUUGGAAGUACCAACAGGAACCACCCACAGUCCAGGCUACGGACGUCAGUGCCACGGCUUCCAAAACUGAGCAACAGCAUAAGAGCAAUGGAACGGAAACUGAUUCAGAAAAGAAAGAGAAUGAAAAAGGAAAGGAGGAAAAGAUAGAGACACCCAUAUUGCUUGCGGCCAAAAAUGGUAUCACAGAAAUGGUCGUGAAAAUACUUAAAGAGAUUCCAAUGGCCAUUAACGACGAGAGCAACAAUAUUGUGCUUUUGGCAGCGAAGAACAGACAAACACAUGUUUUAAGGGUACUAUUCAAGCAUGAUUUUGUGAAACGUAAACUAAUUCAUGAAGUGGAUGCGAACAGAAACAACGCAUUACAUCUAGCGGCAGAGCUAGGAGAACAAGAGCCCUGGGUAAUUCCUGGGGCAGCAUUGCAAAUGCAGUGGGAAAUCAAGUGGUAUGAGUUCGUAAAAAACAACAUGCCGGAACACUUCCGUUAUCAACUCAACCAGGACAAAAUGACCCCUGAUGAAAUCUUCAACGGCACCCAUGUGGAAUUAGUCAAACAAGGAAGCGAGUGGCUAAACAAAACCUCUGAAUCCUGCUCAGUUGUGGCUGCACUCAUCGUCACUGUUGCCUUUGCGGCAUCGACCACUAUCCCGGGUAAUAUCGACGAGAAAAUAGGGAAGCCGAACCUUGAAGACCGAUCGGGGCUCUCCAUCUUUGCCUACUCCUCGCUGAUUGCCUUGUUCUUCUCCACCACUGCUUUGUUCUUGUUUCUCUCCAUCCUUACUGAACGAUACAAACAGAAAGAUUUCCACUUCAAGUUGCCAACGAGACUUCUGUUUGGCUUAUCUACGCUCUUCAUAUCCAUUGUGUCGAUGUUGGUUUCUUUUUCUGCUGGACAUUCCUUUAUGCUUGAGAAUAAACUGAAAGACAAAACCUUUAACGUAUAUGCAGGACUGACAUGCCUGCCGAUAAUCUGUUUUUUCUUACAUCAGCUUCCGCUCUACAUUGAUUAUGCAAUGGCUAACUUGGACGAGGUGCCUCCGUCGAGCUACAAGGCGAUUACUCUCUAAGGGUUUCUUCCAUAUUCUACAACUGUUUGUUUGAACUUUUUUACUUUUUUUUCCUAUCAUACGGGUUUGAUGGUUUGCUCUAAGUUUCAAAUAAGGUGUUUGCCAUUUUAAACUAAUUUGGGAUGUAUUGUAUUUUUCGGUGUUUUGUGUGUGUCGUGCACCUGUUGCUGUGUGUGUCUUCGUUGGAAUUGAAAUUUUAAACUUCCAAAAUGUUUGAGUUAUGAAUGAGUUCAAUAAUUGA